AUGCUGUUCCUGAUCGUGGUGCCCGUGGCUUUUCUCCUGCUCCCUGGGGUUGGGGCUGGUGAGAUCAUCGGGGGGCAUGAAGCCAAGCCCCACUCCAGACCUUACAUGGCCUAUCUGAACAUACAACGUGGAAUAAAGAACGUGCACUGUGGAGGGUUCCUGGUGACAAGAAACUUCGUGCUGACGGCUGCUCACUGCAAGGGAGACAGCAUCACUGUUAUCCUGGGAGCCCAGAACGUCAAACAACAAGAAUCAAGCCAACAAGUGAUCCCCGUGCGACGGCAGAUCCGCCACCGGCAACACAAUAGUGAGACUGGAAACAAUGACAUCAUGCUGCUGCAGCUGCAGAAACCCGCACACCUCAACAGCGAAGUCGGACUCCUCCGCUUGCCCCCUGCCAACCAGCAAGUGGAGCCCGGGACCGUGUGCAGCGUCGCUGGCUGGGGCCGGACACGAGCAAAUAGAAAAGGGGGCUCAGAGAUGCUCCAGGAGGUGAAUUUGACGGUGCAGGAUGAUUCGGAGUGUCAGCGUAUUCCUGAAGUGAAAAAUCACAAAUACAACUCCACCACCAUGAUGUGUGUGGGGGACCCAAAGAAGCCCCAGGCCUCUUUUAAGGGCGACUCCGGGGGGCCCUUGGUGUGCGAUGAAGUAGCCCAGGGCAUCGUCUCCUGGGGAUCUCCCUCUGGGAAGCCCCCCAGAGUGUACGUCAAAGUCUCCACCUUCAUCCCUUGGAUUCAGGAAAUGAUGAGGAGGCUGCAACCCUUAGUCCAACUAGGAAUCGCAACCUAG